UGAUUACAGAGUAAGUGACAACCUCCUAUCUACCGCGAACACAGAGCUGAGCUGCUUCCUUCCUUUUCCCGGAUGAGACAUUUCACAUGCAAGACAACAUGAAGAAGAAAAAGCAGCGGGCCCAAAAACUCACCAAAAAACACCUUGACAAUGUUUCCAUGGACGAAACGUCCCGGUCCUUCAGGUCCAACCGGCCGGCGUUUGAGAGCUUCCUGUCUGAGAUGACUCAGUGGUUUUCAGACCAUCAGCUGCAGGUGGACGAGCUGUUCAGACCCAGUGACGCAGACGGAAGUGGAUCAGUCCACCCGAAGGAUUUCUACCUGGGUCUGACGAACUUGGGCGUCGCUUGUCAGCAGUUUCAGCUCCACAUGCUGACUCAGCAGCUGAAGACCGCCGACGACAUGAUCAGUUAUCGAGACUUGAGCAGACAAGUGCAAAGACUGAGACUGUGUGAUGACACCGGGAACACUCAGAAAUCAAGAUGUGAUCAACAUCAACUGUCCAACCCGGAAAACGGCAGGAGGUUUGUCCGUCUGAGUGUCAGACUGAUCCCCUUCGACAGCGCUGCAGCUCAUCCAGGAAACUUUGAGGUGGUCUUGUUAAGCAGCAGCAGAGUCUUCAGCCUCAUCAGGGCGAUCCAGGACCGGGUAGGGAUCCAGACCUCCAGGCUGGAGGUUUACCGGAGCAAAGUGCCCACAGAGGAGGCCCGCCUGCUCCCAGAGAGCCUCCUGGAGGAGUGUGGCUUCAGAGGAGGGCCAGAGGGGACUCCUCCAGAGGACACCGUGUACUACGACUACAGCCUGCUGUUUACAGACUGCCCCAUCCUCAACUGUGACCACUACUUCAGAUCAAUGCCAGACCCUGCUGUCGUAAAGAGUGACCUCAGUCUAUAAGUUACGGCGUUUUUAGCAAUGCUAAGUUUAAAGACAUAUGUGUGGGUGAGCACA